AUUGCAAUGGCUGCACACUUGCUUUCUCUCUCCACUUCUUCUCUUUUGGCUUCAAGCUGAUUCAAAAAGCCUGUCAGAUCCUUGAUACUAUUUGCCCUAUCUUCAACAUAAUCUACAAAUCGGGAACAGCAACCCUUCUUCUACAGCUUCAUACAGAUGUUAGAGCUCCCAGUUUUGUUGUCUGAAAAGGGUUCAUUUGAGUGAUCUAUCAUUUAUCGGUAGUUGAAUUUCCGGCAUGAAUACGAAUCUUAAGCUCGGAGUAGAUGUAGUUGGAGCCCAUAAUCUUCUCCCGAAAGACGGUCAAGGUUCAUCGAGCGCAUUUGUUGAGCUUUAUUUUGAUGGUCAAAAGUACCGAACAACAGUUAAGGAAAAAGACCUGGACCCGGUUUGGGAUGAGAGCUUCUACUUCAAUAUCUCUGACCCUGGAAUCCUCCCGAAUCUCACGCUCGAUGCCUUUGUGUACAACAAUGUCAAAGGUACUCAUUCGAGGUCGUUUCUAGGUAAAGUUUCCAUAGCUGGAACUUCGUUUGUUCCGUAUUCCGAUGCUGUCGUCUUGCACUACCCUUUAGAGAAACGCGGGAUCUUUUCUCGUGUUAGAGGAGAACUCGGGCUUAAGGUUUAUAUCACUGAUGAUCCGACCAUAAAGUCUUCUGACCCGGUUGUUAGCAUGGCACGGAACUCUCAAACGCACCCCGAAUCGGUUCAGGAGCCCGUAAAAAAAAGUGAGACGAGACACACCUUUCAUCAUCUCCCUCAUCCGACCCAAGCUCCGGCCAAUGCCGCCGUUCCCGCUGCCCCGCCGCCUAUGAUGAGAUAUGGGUAUGAACAGAUAAAACCCAACCCACCACCACAACCGCCAAAGCUCGUCCGGAUGUACUCAGAAUCGUCAAACCAGCCCGUGGACUAUGCACUUAAGGAGACGAGCCCGUAUCUGGGAGGCGGGAGAGUUGUCGGAGGGCGGGUUAUUCGUACCGAUAAAGCUUCUUCUACGUAUGAUCUAGUUGAAAAGAUGCAUUUCUUGUUUGUACGGGUUGUCAAGGCCCGUGAUCUUCCGGCUAUGGAUAUCACAGGAAGCCUCGACCCUUAUGUUGAGGUUAGGAUUGGGAACUAUAAAGGUGUUACGAGGCAUGUGGAGAAAAACCAGAAUCCGAUGUGGAAUAUUGUCUUCGCAUUCUCGAGGGAGAGGAUGCAAGCUAACGUACUCGAAGUCGUCGUAAAAGACAAGGAUCUGGUGAAAGACGAUUUUGUCGGGUUUGUGAGGUUUGACCUGAACGAGGUUCCAUUGCGGGUCCCACCCGAUAGCCCGUUAGCUCCGCAAUGGUACCGACUCGAGGACAAGAAGGGGGAGCGGAUAAAGAGCGAGCUGAUGCUAGCUGUCUGGAUUGGGACUCAAGCCGACGAAGCUUUUCCCGAUGCAUGGCACUCGGAUGCAGCCACCCCGGUUGACAGUUCGGGUGCAGCCUCAGUGCUGAUACGAUCGAAGGUCUAUCAAGCACCACGAUUAUGGUAUGUUCGAGUCAAUGUGAUCGAGGCUCAAGACUUGGUUCCCACAGAUAAGACUCGUUUCCCUGAUACUUAUGUGAAGGCUCACAUUGGAAGCCAGGUUAUGAAGACGAAGUCGGUCCAGGCUCGAUCACUUAACCCGUUAUGGAACGAGGAUCUACUGUUUGUUGCAGCCGAGCCUUUCGAGGACCAUCUGAUCCUCACGGUUGAGGACCGUGUGGGUCCGGGAAAAGACGAGAUUCUCGGGAGAGUGAUCAUACCGUUGAACAUGGUCGAAAAACGGGCCGAUGAUCGGAUGAUCCAUUCUCGAUGGUUUAAUUUAGAAAAGCCCGUUGUAGUUGAUGUCGACCAGCUGAAGAAAGAUAAGUUUUCGAUGAGAAUUCAUCUCAGGAUCUGUCUUGAUGGGGGUUAUCAUGUUCUUGAUGAGUCGACUCACUAUAGUAGCGAUCUUCGACCGACUGCAAAACAGCUUUGGAAGCCAACAAUCGGGGUUUUGGAGCUCGGGAUUUUGAAUGCUGUCGGGCUGCACCCAAUGAAAACCCGAGAUGGAAGAGGGACCUCUGAUACUUAUUGUGUAGCGAAAUACGGGCAUAAAUGGGUCAGAACCCGAACCAUAGUCGAUAACCUGUGUCCCAAGUAUAACGAGCAGUAUACGUGGGAGGUGUUUGAUACUGCAACGGUUCUUACCGUUGGUGUUUUCGAUAACAGUCAGCUUGGGGACAAGGGUUCGAAUAGCAAAGAUUUGAAGAUCGGGAAAGUCAGGAUCCGUAUUUCAACCCUCGAGGCAGGUCGGGUCUAUACCCAUUCGUAUCCGUUGCUUGUGUUACACCCGGCAGGUGUGAAGAAAAUGGGUGAGGUCCAUUUGGCGAUCCGGUUCUCGUGCACCAACUUUGUCAACAUGCUUUAUACUUACUCGCGCCCCUUGUUACCGAAAAUGCACUAUGUUCGGCCUUUCAGCGUUAUGCAACUCGACAUGUUGCGCCACCAGGCGGUGCACAUUGUUGCCGCUAGGCUGGGUCGGGCGGAGCCUCCGCUACGGAAGGAGGUGGUGGAGUAUAUGUCGGAUGUCGAUUCCCACCUCUGGAGCAUGCGGCGGAGCAAAGCCAACUUUUUCCGGCUAAUGACGAUUUUUGCGCCACUGUUUGCCGUUUCAAAGUGGUUUGGCGACAUUUGUAUGUGGCGGAACCCGAUCACCACGGUCCUCGUUCAUGUCCUCUUCAUCAUGCUUGUUUGCUUCCCGGAAUUAAUCUUGCCAACAGUUUUCCUCUACAUGUUCUUGAUCGGGAUAUGGAAUUUCCGGUACCGUCCUCGGUACCCACCCCACAUGAACACAAAGAUUUCCCAAGCCGAAGGGGUGCACCCCGACGAGCUCGAUGAAGAAUUCGACACGUUCCCGACGAGCCGGAACCCGGACCUGGUGCGAAUGAGGUACGACCGUCUACGAAGUGUGGCUGGGAGGAUACAAACCGUGGUGGGGGACAUUGCAACCCAAGGAGAAAGGAUGCAGUCACUGCUGAGCUGGCGAGACCCUCGAGCCACAGCUAUCUUCGUGACAUUAUGUUUAGUUGCAGCAAUCGUGUUGUAUGUGACACCGUUUCAAGCGAUCGCAGCUCUGAUUGGGAUUUUUAUGAUGAGGCACCCUAGGUUUCGCCAUCGUCUCCCCUCUGUGCCCGUUAACUUCUUCCGAAGGCUGCCGGCUAGGACCGACAGUAUGCUGUGAGGAUCUUACAUAGCUCGGUUCAUUAGACGGUUGGGUCCGCUAGCCAACUGAUCGACAAAUAAGAUAUGUUGUAACCUCUGUUGUUUAGGUUGUACUUUGAAAACCGUAACUGUUCUGAUUGUUUAAUAAAUAUUUAU